UCUUCGAAUAUGAAUGUUUUUGGUCACGAAGAAGCUUGGGGUCAAUACAAUGGUGGGGAUAUUUCCUGGUGAUUCACAAGCAUGCAGCUAGCCAGUAUUACGAGCAACAAGGAAUUGCACGCCAUCCGUCUUGCUCACUAAAGAUCUACGAGUUACGCACGUAUACCGAUGAUCGAACCACGAUCUAAUCGAGCGCGAUAGGAUUCCAGAAUCAUACGAGAUCGCUAUGUCUUACUACAAUAGGAAAAUAGGCAGACCUAAGGCAUUCAUUCAUUAUCACACGCUCGUAUAUCGUACUAAACGAGUGCGACACUAGUAUGUGUAUUGACAUCUAUUGCAGUGAAUCGUUUAUUCCUGCGGACCAAACUGUGCGGCUGAACAAUCCUCACCGUUUUGAUAAACUUUCCAUGACGAGACGGGCCGCUUAAUGCAGCCAUGUCUGACACGAAGUUUCGAAACUAGUCUGACACGAGGAAUGCGACCGGCCCGCGAAGCUUGUGGGUUGUCCUUCGAGAACGGGGGCCGGAACCCGAAAUCAGCCCCUAAUGGAAGAGCUGAGAUAAUCGAGAUAAGGGUGACUUACCCCGAACCCAACCCCAACGCCCCCAUCUUUUCCCCGUGGAGUUACGAGUAUGCUUGUGUCAGCUGGAUUCAACGCCUCAUCGACGCCACGUGCGGUUAUGCGCGUCCCUGCAGCCAUCACACACGGAUUUCACGAACAGUCGUUGCUCAUUUCCAAAAGCAACAUAAAAACCAGUAUCCUGGUUACACAUUGCAUGAUGCACUCCCCGGUUCCACUUUACAUUCAUUUUGACCUCUCAGGUUCAAGGCAGGAUGUGGAGCUCAAAGUACACCUCUUUGGUUGCUCUUCUCAACUACGCCCCUCUCACGCUCGCUGCUCCUCGCUCUGCUCCGACAAAUGCGACCGUCAGCCCCGACUAUGUGAUUGUCGGAGGAGGUCCCGCAGGCUUCGUCCUAGCAGAACAACUUUCUAAAGAUCCGAAGGUCACCGUUGUCCUUCUCGAAGCUGGUCCCGACACUGCCGGAGUCGAGGCCAUAGAUGUUCCCGGCUAUGCCCCGAGUCUCUUGCAGACUCCAUACACAUGGAACUACACGUGUGAGCCGGACCCAAAUCUAGAGGGCGCUACGACAAUGCUUCAUCAAGGCCGAGGCUUUGGCGGUGGAGCUGCGGUCAACUAUCUGGGUCAUUGCCGUGGUGCACCGUCGGUCUUUGAUGAUUGGGCUAAGAUCAGCGGCGAUGAUGGUCUACGGUGGGAAAACUUUCAGAACGACUUCAAGGCAACAGUGCAUUACAAGGAGACGCCCCUGAACUACGAUCCUCAUGUCAACAAAUCUGCCUACGGUGAUGGACCCCUCGAACUCACUUCUCCGAACGAAGAUCUUGGGUUCGUCAUGAACCUCAUGAAAUCAUGGGCCAACGUUCUCAAGUUGCCAUGGGUCGAUUUGAAUGACGGUACUGGUCUUGGUAUCUCAUCUAACACGAAUGUCAUUCGCGCAAACAAUCGCACUCGAGAUUAUGCGCCGCAGGCAUACGGAUGGCAACUCGCUGGGCGGUCCAAUGCACAGCAGCUCUAUAACGCCGAGGUGACGAAGAUCGGAUUCAAAGGCAAGCGCGCUGUGUCGGUGACUUAUGUUGAUCCGACCACCGACGUGGUCACCACUCUCACCCCGAAGGAGAUCAUCAUCGCUGCCGGCGCUCUGAAUAGCCCCAAGCUGCUCAUGUUGUCCGGCGUAGGACCGGCCGAUCAUCUCAAGUCACACAAUAUUCCUGUUGUUGCCGACAUCCCACAGAUCGGAAAGAACCUAUAUGAUCACCACUUCGCCUUCAUGGAAUUCGAAGUAACCUCGGACCUGGAAACGCUCUGGCAAUAUACGCAAAACGCCAGCUUCAAAGCUUCCGCCGAAGAUGAGUAUCGCACCAACAGCAGCGGCCCAUUAGGUGUCCCCAACGGCUCUGCCUUUGCACUAUCACGUAUCCCCGACGAAGUCUUCGACGGCAUCAAUGCCACCUACCACACUUCUCUCCCUGCCGACAGGGCGCACUUGAUAUUUCAGUACUCCAGCUCCACUCUACAAGGCACGACACCCAACGUGAGCAUUAUCUCACCGUUUGUGGCUGGCGCACAGCCUGAGGCGCCUGGAUACGUGGAGCUCAAGUCGAGCGAUUACCGAGAUCAGCCAGUGAUUUACACGAAUUACUACGGCUCGCCUGGUGACAAAGCAACAAUCCUUUACGGCUACAAACAGCUCCGCAAAAUCGUCUCCGACCCAGAAAUCUCCCCCGUGCUGAUCCGCGAGAUCUACCCCGGCACCAACGUCACCUCAGAUGACGACCUUUGGCACGCCAUAACACAGGGAUCAUCGACGUUCCAUCACCCUCUCGGUACCGUGGCCCUGGGUACGGUUGUAGAAGGUAAAACGUGGAGGGUGAAAGGCUUGAAGGGCAUUAGGGUCGUGGACAGCUCGACGCUUCCGAACAUGCCUACUUGUCAUAUUAUGGCGACGGUGUACGCAUAUGCGUAUCAUGCGGCGCAGCUCAUCAAGAAGCAAGAUCGCUAGGUUGGAGAUCAGUGUAGUGUUUGUAGUGUGAGGGUUGCUAAGCCCGGUAGUCAAUCAACGCAUUUCUGCUUGGUAUUUGAACAUCACACGAUAAUACUGCCUUUGAGCUCCAGGCGGAACAACCCAUGUUCCGUGGUUAUAACGAGUCUGAUAGAUGUGUAUGUUUAUGAACUGUAAGCAAAUUUGUGACUAUCAUAUCACUCGUGGAAAUUGAGGGACCGCUGUCCCGUAGUUGUCGCACGUCAACUGUUCGAUUUCUGGAAUCCGCGUACUUGACGAUGCGGGAGGAUACUAUUCCGUGUCCAAUAAUUGGCUGCGAUAAAUUUUGAAGCGCAAUUAGACAAAGUGUAUCCUGUUGAAAAUUCGACAAUGACGGGUACACGGUUGUUCUUAACACCAAGUAGCUAGGUAAUAAGCGCAUUU